AUGAGUUUAACAUUAUGGCUUUUCUUGCUACCCUUCUGCCUCAUAAACUUCGGCAUCAAAACCAUUUUGGUGACUGGUCAUUGUCUUGGUCAUCAACAAUCUUUGUUGCUCCAGUUGAGGAACAACCUCGUAUUUAAUCCUACCAAGUCCAAAAAAUUGAUUCACUGGAACCAAAGUGAUGAUUGUUGUGAAUGGAAUGGAGUGGCAUGCAACAAAGGCCAUGUUAUAGCCCUAGACUUGAGCCAAGAAUCCAUCUAUGGAGGUAUUGAAAAUUUAAGCAUUCUCUUCGAGUUACAAUAUUUGAAAAGUGUGAAUUUGGCCUAUAAUGAAUUCCAUUCUGGAAUUCCUCCGGAGUUUCGAAAGUUAAAGAAUUUGAGGCAUUUGAAUUUGUCAAAUGCUGGCUUUGAGGGGCAAAUUCCAAUUGAGAUCUCUUACCUAACAAAGAUAGUAACUCUUGAUUUGUCUAGCACAAUUACUUCACAACAUGGUUUAAAGCUUCAGAAGCCAAAUAUUGCUAUGCUUUUGCAGAACUUCACAGAAAUCAAAGAGCUACACUUGAAUGGCAUAGCAAUAUCAACCAAAGGAAAGGUGUGGAGCCAUGCUUUAUCUUCACUUACAAACUUGCAAGUUUUGAGUAUGUCAUUUUGUAAUCUCUCUGGUCCUUUGGAUUCAUCAUUAGCAAAACUACAGUCUCUCUCAAUACUUAAAUUGGACCAUAACAAUUUGGCAAGUCCAGUGCCAAGGUCUUUGGGGAGGUUGUUUAAUCUGACCACCUUACAACUCAAUGGCUGUAAUUUGAGUGGAGUAUUUUCAAAAAAUCUCUUCCAAAUAUCAUCAUUGCAGGUGCUUGAUGUGUCUGAUAAUCCAGGUCUUCAUGGUUCUCUACCAAACUUUCCAAGUCAAGGCUCUCUAUAUAACCUCAAUCUUAGCCACACAAAUUUUUAUGGACCUCUGUCAGAUUCUAUUCACAAUUUGAAGCAAUUGUCUAAAUUAGAUCUAUCAAAUUGCCAGUUCAAAGGGACACUUCCAUCUUCUAUGUCAAAUCUUACCCAACUUGUUCAUCUAGACUUGUCAUUCAAUACCUUCACUGGUUCUAUUCCAUCUUUUAAUAGGUCUAAGGCCCUCACAGUCUUAUCCCUUAAUCAUAACAAGUUUAUGGGUAAAGUUCCAUCUACCCAUUUUGAGGGCCUUAUAAAUCUCAUGAGCAUUGAUUUAGGAGAUAACUCCUUUGACGGAAUAGUCCCCUCAUCGUUAUUUAGACUACAAUCUCUUCAACAUCUCUUGCUUUAUUACAACAAAUUUGAUGGUUUAUUGGACGAAUUUCCAAAUGCUUCUUUGUCAUCAUUAGAGAUGCUUGAUUUGAGUGGCAACAAUUUGCAAGGGCCUAUUCCUACAUCUAUCUUCCAACUCAAAAGACUUCGUUUGCUUCAACUUACCAAAAACAAGUUCAAUGGCACCAUACAACUUGGUAUGUUUGGGAGGAUGCAAAAUUUAUUUACACUAGAUCUUGCACACAAUAACUUGUUAGUUGAUGCAAAUAUCAGGGAUGAUCAUGAUGCACCAUCCUUUCCUAAUUUGAAAACUCUUUGGUUGGCUUCAUGCAAUUUGAGAACAUUCCCUGACUUGAGAAAUAAAUCUUCACUACUUUACUUAGACUUAUCAAGCAAUCAAAUUGAAGGAAAAAUACCCAAAUGGAUUUGGAAAUUUAAUUACAUGAUCGUUUUGAAUCUUUCUCACAACAUUUUGGCAGGUUUCGAAGGGCCUUUCCAGAAACUUAGUUCAAAUUUGUUGAAACUUGACCUACACGCAAAUCAGCUCCAAGGGCCUGCUCCUACUUUUUUGAAAAAUGCCAUUUACUUGGACUUCUCAAGCAAUAGAUUCAACUCUAUUAACUUGGUAGACAUUGGUAGCCACACUCCUUUCUUAUAUUAUCUCUCUCUUUCAAACAACAAUUUUCAUGGAAGAAUCCAUGAAUCCUUUUGUAACAUUUCCGAUCUUCGAGCACUUGAUCUUUCCCAUAACAAAUUCAAUGGUCAGAUUCCUUUGUGUUUGACAAGAAAAAGUAGCACUCUCAGGCUACUAAAUCUUGGUGCAAAUGAGCUCAAUGACUAUAUUUCAGAUACUUUUUCAACCUCAUGUUCUCUAAGAUUUUUAGAUAUCAGUGGAAAUCUUUUGAAAGGAACCAUCCCCAAAUCUUUGGCUAAUUGCCAAAAACUACAAGUUCUAAACCUUGGAAACAAUCAACUAAUUGACAAAUUCCCUUGCUUCUUGAAAAACAUCUCCUCCCUUAGAGUCAUGAUAUUAAGGUCAAACAAAUUGCAUGGGUGCAUUGGAUGUUUUAAUAACAUAGGAAAUUGGGAAUCACUUCAAAUUGUUGAUUUAGCCUGUAACAAGUUCAGUGGUACAUUACCAGCAUCACUCUUACUGAGUUGGAAAACAUUGAUGCUUGAUGAAGAUAAGGGUGGACAAUUUGGUCAUCUGUUUUUUAAUCUCUAUGAUGACUUUAAUCCUCUGAACUUUAAAACUGCAAUUGUAGAUCUCAACAAUGAACUUCAAAUGAAAUUAGCUAAAAUUAUUGCAUCAGAGCCACCCUAUAUAAUAGACCACAUAAUCACUCAUAUAUUUGAAGAAGGUGUUGGUGUUCGAAGUUACGAGGAUUCAGUUACAAUUGUCAACAAAGGUACACAAUUAAACUUGGUUAAAAUCCUCAUUGCCUUCACUUCCUUGGAUUUCUCAAGCAACCAAUUUGAAGGGCCAAUACCAAAAGAGCUUAUGAAUCUCACAGCAUUGCAUGCUCUUAACUUGUCACAAAAUGUUUUCUCGGGCAACAUCCCCUUUUCCUUCGGCAACCUAAAGCAACUUGAGUCCUUAGACUUGUCAAAUAAUUCUUUAAGUGGAGAUAUUCCCGUAGAACUUGCAAGGUUAUCAUUUCUUUCGGUGAUGAAUCUCUCUUAUAAUCAUUUGGUGGGAAAGAUUCCCACGGGUACACAAAUUCAAACAUUUGAGGCUGAUUCAUUUAUAGGCAAUGAAGGGUUAUAUGGACCACCAUUGACCCAAAAUUGGGGUGGUGAAGGAAGGCAAAAGUUGUCACCACCAGUAUAUGAAACAUUUGAUUCUCAUGCAUGGAGUUCAAUUGAAUGGAAUUUCUUAUCUUUAGAAUUAGGGUUUACUUUUGGCUUUGGAAUUUUCAUCUUUCUCCUUAUUUUUUUGAAGAGAUGGAGGAUAUGGUAUUCCAAGCAUGUGGAUGACAUCCUUUACAAGAUCAUACCUCAACUUGAUUUUGUUUAUGUGAAUCGUGGGGGACAAAAAUAUAGAAUUAUUAGGUGGAAUCCUUAUUGA